GUGACCGGGAUGGCGCAUUUUCUUGCACCGAGUAAUGCGGUGUCGCUGGCGGCUGAGGAGGGGGGAGAGUUGUGUGGUGAAGUAGUGGGAGGGAUUCAUGUAGGCAUAGGGAAGAGCCUAAGUCCACAUUAUAAAAUAGGAAGUUAAUGCGGGGUACAGCUACUCCCGGACCGGCGGCGUGAAAGUCGUGAUAUCAUCGUUGAACUCAAUGGGAUAUCUUCCAAGGAAUCUCAGUUAGAAGGGAGAGAUGACUCCGAUUGGAAUGUCACCCUGGCUGAAGAGUAGAGGAAGCGAAAAAAAGAAGAGUUAAAGAGGCAAAUGCAGGGAGCCCGACGAGGAGGCUAUUGCCGUAGUAGUUCACAUGGUGACAGGAAUGGAGCGUUUCUGAUUGGCUUUGAAGUUUAAAUCCAAUGGAGAAGACUCAAGAAACAGUCCAAAGAAUUCUUCUAGAACCGUAUAAAUACUUACUUCAGUUACCAGGUAAACAAGUGAGAACCAAACUUUCACAGGCAUUUAAUCAUUGGCUGAAAGUUCCAGAGGACAAGCUACAGAUUAUUAUUGAAGUGACAGAAAUGUUGCAUAAUGCCAGUUUACUCAUCGAUGAUAUUGAAGACAACUCAAAACUCCGACGUGGCUUUCCAGUGGCCCACAGCAUCUAUGGAAUCCCAUCUGUCAUCAAUUCUGCAAAUUACGUAUAUUUCCUUGGCUUGGAGAAAGUCUUAACCCUUGAUCACCCAGAUGCAGUGAAGCUUUUUACCCGCCAGCUUUUGGAACUCCAUCAGGGACAAGGCCUAGAUAUUUACUGGAGGGAUAAUUACACUUGUCCCACUGAAGAAGAAUAUAAAGCUAUGGUGCUGCAGAAAACAGGUGGACUGUUUGGAUUAGCAGUAGGUCUCAUGCAGUUGUUCUCUGAUUACAAGGAAGAUUUAAAACCACUACUUAAUACACUUGGGCUCUUUUUCCAAAUUAGGGAUGAUUAUGCUAAUCUGCACUCCAAAGAAUAUAGUGAAAACAAAAGUUUUUGUGAAGAUCUAACAGAGGGAAAGUUCUCAUUUCCUACUAUUCAUGCUAUUUGGUCGAGGCCUGAAAGUACCCAGGUGCAGAAUAUCUUGCGCCAGAGAACAGAAAACAUAGAUAUUAAAAAAUACUGUGUACAUUAUCUUGAGGAUGUAGGUUCUUUUGAAUAUACUCGUAAUACUCUUAGAGAGCUUGAAUCUAAAGCCUAUAAACAGAUUGAUGCACGUGGUGGGAACCCUGAGCUGGUAGCCCUAAUAGAGCACUUAAGUAAGAUGUUCAAAGAAGAAAAUGAAUAAUGUUAAGCCAUUCUUGAUUUAGUCAAUUUUUUUGUCUUUUAGCCUUAACCACCUUCUAAAAAAUUUGUUAUUCUCCAGAAACAGAAUAAAUAGGUGAGAGGGGUGAUGCAAGUGAAUUCGUUUUCAUUUAGAAGCCCCUCUGUACAGAUAAUCAAAAUUCAAAGUUGAAAGAAUCAAAAGAAGCCACAGUUAUGUAGGUCUGAUUUGAAUGUCAUAAUUGCAGUGACAGGACAUUACCACCAGCUCUACCCUACUAUCAUCAAUGUUAUGUUUAUUCCGUCAAUAAAAAAGACUCGCUUCCAGGAA